AUGGCCGAGGAGCCUGCACCCACUCGCUGGUCCUUCCAGGAUUUUAAAUUGUUUUAUGAUGCCAAGUUUGGUAGAAAGAAAGUGGCGGAGCCGCAAAACGGGCAGUCUACUGAUAAAGCCGUGAGUAAUGGGAGUAGUUCGGGGGUGACUGCGAACGGGAAUGGUCAUGUUAAAAACACAGCUGACUUGGCCAUCUAUGAGCAAUUUCAAAACCAGGAUAGGAGCUCAGCACCUCACUCGAAUGGAGUCUUAUCUGAUAGGCAUGAUCAGACACCGCAGAAGUCUCUGUUGCCGGCUUUUGAAUCGGCAGAAGUGCGUUCGUUAGCAGAGAGUUUAGCCAGGGAUAUAGUUCGUGGUAAUCCAGAUGUUAAGUGGGAAAGCAUCAAGGGCUUAGAGAAUGCGAAACGUUUGCUUAAAGAAGCAGUGGUCAUGCCAAUUAAAUAUCCCAAGUACUUUACUGGUCUUUUGUCACCGUGGAAAGGUAUUCUCCUCUUUGGCCCUCCAGGGACAGGAAAGACAAUGCUUGCAAAGGCCGUUGCAACAGAGUGCAAGACCACAUUUUUCAACAUUUCAGCCUCAUCUGUUGUCAGUAAAUGGCGUGGCGACUCAGAGAAGUUAGUGAAGGUGUUAUUUGAGCUUGCUAGGCACCAUGCACCAUCAACCAUAUUUAUUGAUGAAAUUGAUGCAAUUAUUAGUCAACGUGGUGAAGGACGAAGUGAGCAUGAAGCAAGUAGGCGUUUGAAGACGGAACUACUCAUACAGAUGGAUGGCUUGACACGGACAAGUGAACUUGUUUUUGUUUUGGCUGCAACAAACCUUCCUUGGGAACUGGAUGCAGCCAUGCUUCGGCGUCUGGAGAAGCGAAUUCUUGUGCCUCUGCCUGAACCAGAAGCAAGAAGAUCCAUGUUUGAGGAGCUCCUGCCACUGGAGCCUGAUGAAGAGAAGCUUCCUUAUGAUUUGUUGGUUGAAAGGACAGAAGGAUAUUCAGGUUCAGAUAUUCGAUUGGUAUGCAAGGAGGCUGCCAUGCAGCCUUUGAGACGGUUAAUGUCAUUCCUUGAAGACAGAGAGGAAAUAGUUCCCGAGGAUGAACUGCCUAAGGUUGGACCAAUCAAACACGAAGAUAUUGAGGCAGCUUUGAAGAACACAAGGCCAUCUGCUCAUCUCCAAGCUCAUCGUUACGAGAAGUUCAAUGCGGAUUACGGUAGUCAAAUACUCCAAUGA